GUGAUGGCAGUAUGGAGGCGCCGCCCGCAUUCCCGUAACUACAUAACUUAUACCUGGUGUGCUGCCACCUGGACAAUUGUCGCGGCACGCUGCUGCUGCUGCUGCUGCUGCUGCUGCUGCUGGCCCCGUCUCGCGGCACCAUGGCCACGGCCUCGCAAGUCGCCGCGAGGGACAAGGGCUACCAGUACGGCGAGACGCAGAGCAGCCUUGUCAGGAUGGAGGCAGCUCGAUGUGAUGUGGACGCCUUGGUGACACUGACGAAGGUUGUGUCUGCCGCAGGGGGGGGCCGCGUGUCCGUGUGCAUGGGCUGCGCUGCUGUUAUCCACGACCAGUACAUCCUGCGAGUCGCCCCGGAUAUGGAGUGGCACGCUGCUUGCCUCAAGUGUGCUGAGUGUCAACAAUUCCUCGACGAGACUUGCACUUGCUUCGUGAGAGACGGCAAGACCUACUGCAAGAGGGACUACGUCAGGCUGUUCGGGGCCAAGUGUGAGCGGUGCGGCGGCGGCUUCAGCAGAACAGACAUGGUGAUGAGAGCGAGGGCCAAAAUAUUUCACCUCGACUGCUUCAGGUGCAGGUCGUGUGGGAAGCAACUGAUGCCGGGUGACGAGUUUGCGCUCCGAGACGACGUGCUCUUUUGCCGCCACGACUACGACGCCAUCAAGGAAGAGGCGCGGGACGACGACCUCACCGACGACAACCACAACACCGACCCCGCGUGCCCCGUGCAGCUGGCAGAGGAGCCAGAACCAGCUGUGGGGCAGACGGGCACUCGGACGGGCAGCGGGGAGCGCCCUGACAGAGGCCCCCCGAGCAGCGGCACACCAACGACGCCUUCCAGUGGGGGAGGUGCGCCGCCGCUGGGCCUGGCGCGGCGGGAGUCGUCAGGCAGGGUGCACAAAAGUGAAGGAAAGCCAACGAGAGUGCGAACAGUGCUCACCGAGAAGCAACUCCAUACGCUAAGAACCUGCUACGCCGCCAACCCGCGCCCCGACGCCCUCAUGAAGGAGCAGCUGGUGGAGAUGACGGGCCUCUCGCCGCGUGUGGUGCGGGUGUGGUUCCAGAACAAGAGGUGCAAAGACAAGAAGAAAGCAAUGUUCCUCAAACAGGCGGCGCAGCAACACGAAAAGAGCGGGCGGUUUGGCACGUACGGAGUGAUGCAAGGGAUCCCUCUGGUGGCCUCCCCGCCCGUGCAAACCGACCCGCCCACAGCCCCUCUGGAUGUCACCGCCUACCAACCACCCUGGAAGUCCCUCACGGAGUUUGCUCUCACCCACGACUUGGACCGCCUGGACCCCACCACGCCGCAGUACCAACACAUGAUCCAGCAGAUGCACGGGUACGGCCUGGACCACGAGACGGGCCUGCCACACCUGCAGCUGCCGCAGUACAUGGAGGAGGGCGGCCACAUGGGACACCCCUACGGCCACCCACCCUCCAACCCCUCCGCCCAAUACCCCGGCACGCCCUCCGAGCUGUCCUCCACCUCCAGCGACUAGUGGAGGGCCGGGGCGCUGCUCCACCUGCUGGGUGUCAUGAGCAGGAGGCUCGCCCCCCCCCCGCCAAGCCUCCCUCCACCCCCCCCGGAUGACGACAGCCCCUUCCCCUGAGGCACGCCCUGCCAUGGGGCAAGGUUGCAGCCACAACGCCGCCACCACCCUGCCGCCACUCGCGUCUGUCUAACAGGUGCGGGCGCUGCCACCCACGGCCGCCUCAUUCUCAGAGUGUGAGGCUCCGCGUUGUGCCGCCACACGGAGGCUCUGCCGUCACGAUGCGGGGAGGCCGCGAGGCGCCUCCCCGCCAGACCCCGCCUCUGGAGGGCCCUGAGGCUCUCAUUGCCCCGGGCUGCCACGAUUGACCCUGUGAGCGAAGGCACGGCCGCCCUGCCUGCAGAGGUCUUUGCCAGGCAGAGGAGCAGAUGGGCGGCGCGAGGCAGUGCUCCACAGAACGGCAGGACAGGGAGAACAGGCCGAGGCGUGGCCCGAGAGACACGGUGUCCCUAAGGUGACACUUUUGAUACCCUAGCGAAACUUGUGAUCCAGAUAUUAAGUUUGUGGUGCGGACAUGAACCAGGUGAGCCCGGUGCCCCGUGGCGCCGCCACAGCCGCGAUGGCGCACCAGCUGGUGCAGGCAGUGCGCCCCUAACGACGCGUCACGCAGCGUGUGCCGUGACCCGCGACCCGGGAGACUCCGCUACAGUACCCUUGUCACUGCUGCCACUCAACUAACGCAAAGUGUGUGUGUGUGUGUGUGUGUGUGUGUGUGUGUGUGUGUGUGUGUGUGUGUGAAACUGAAACUGAAACUGAAAAGAAUUUAUUU